AUGAUUCAAAAAAUGGCCAAUGCUUCAGGAGCUGACGCAAAGGAGACAUCACAAGGUCAAAGCAAUGUGAUUUCGCCUGUACGAACUCAUGACCAAGACACAAAGAUAAUGGAUGAAAGACACGAGAAUCAAAGCGAUGGUUGUCGCAAGACAAGAUCAAGUAAUGGGCUUAAAAAAGAAAGUAUGUGCAUUGAAAUUCUUAGCGAUGAUGAAGAGGCCCCCAAAAUUAAAAAGGAUGCGAGGAGAAAUGUUGUAGUAACAGCAGCCAAAAACGCGACUCGAAAGGCAAAGAGUGCCGAUAAAGGCUCUGCCAAUACUAUUGCUGAAACGAAAAAUGAUACUCUAAGAGUUGAGCCUUCCGACAAAAUUGUUAGUCGCAAAAAGCAAGCAUCUGUCGAGAUCAAAUCUGAUGAUCAAGAUUUUAACACGAGUGUGAAAUCUGUAAAACCCGUAAAACAGAAAUCUCAAAUACAAAAAAACUCAAAGGCCCUAAAAAACGAAGAAACUGAAACCUCGUCGGUUCAGGCUAUCCUAGAUAGUAUAUCAACAAUCCGUGCACCAUCACCCCCACCAAAAGAUCCCGAUGCUAAGUGGAAUUGGAAGAAUGCACAAGCAGAAGGGAACAAUGGACCGGUUCUUGCAGAUGGUACAAAAAAAAUACCCGAGGGUCAAGAAAACUGUUUAGCCGGUCUCACGUUUGUCUUUACUGGCAUGCUAGAUACGCUAGCCCGGGAAGAUGCUCAGGAACUCAUAAAGCGUUAUGGAGGAAAAGUCACAGGUGCCCCCAGUCGCAGAACAAGUUUCGUGGUUCUAGGAGACGAAGCUGGCCCUAGCAAGCUAAAAAAAAUUAAAGAGCUCUCUUUAAAAUCUAUAAAUGAAGAUGGGUUAUUUGAACUUAUACGUGCGAUGCCUAGUAAUGGGGGCGAUAGCAAAGCUGCCGAAAAAAACCUAGCUAAGAAGAAAGCAGAGAUGGAGAAAAUUGAAAUUGAAUCUAAAAAAAUGGAACAGCAAGAAAAAAAAAUGAUUCAAGAAGCCGAGGCAGCAGCAAAAGUACCUGGCACCAUUCUAUCAAACCAAAAGCAGGUAUUACCAUUAUCACAACUAUGGACUAGCAAGUAUGCCCCUACUUCCAUGAACCAAAUUUGUGGAAAUAAAGGAGCUGUGGAAAAGAUACAAAACUGGCUGAAAGGGUGGCAGCUAGCGCAUAAGUAUAACUUCCAGAAGAGAGGUCCUGAUGGUCUUGGAGGCUACCGUACUAUUAUGAUUCAUGGACCACCAGGAAUCGGCAAAACAACAGCUGCUCACCUGGCAGCUAAGCUUGCUGGGUACGAUGUCAUUGAGGGUAAUGCUAGUGACACCCGAAGCAAAAAAUUAGUAGAAUCUGGACUCAGCGAGGUCAUGAACAAUAAAUCUCUCUUCGGUUACUUUUCAGGCCAUGGAAAGCCAAUCAGUGACGACAAGAAAAACAUACUUUUAAUUAUGGAUGAAGUUGACGGUAUGUCAGCUGGUGACCGAGGUGGUGUAGGCGCCUUAGCCCAAGUUUGUAGGAAGACAAAUGUGCCUAUGAUUUUGAUCUGCAAUGAACGAAAGCAACCUAAAAUGAAGCCUUUUGAUAUAAUCACUUGUGAUAUCCCCUUCCGAAGACCUACAGUCGAGCAGGUUCGGUCACGAGUCGCAACUAUUUGUCAUAGAGAGGGUCUUAAGAUGGCACCAAAUGUUAUGGAUGCUCUUAUUGAGGGUAGCAACAAAGACAUCAGACAGAUUAUCAACAUGAUUUCUGCAGCCAAAUUAGAUCAGAGUGCUAUGGACUAUGAUCAGAGCAAAGUAAUGUCCAAAGCCUGGGAGAAACACGUUGUCUUGAAGCCCUGGGAUAUUUGUCAUAAGUUACUCGGUGGUGGUCUUUUUACUCCAAACAGUAAGGCUACUCUGAAUGAUAAAAUUGAGCUUUACUUCAACGAUCACGAGUUCAGUUAUUUGAUGGUCCAAGAGAAUUAUCUCAGCACAAAACCUUUUCUAGUCAAUGAAUAUGUGGGGAAAAAAUCACAGCUAAAAGCUCUACAGCUUAUUGACGAUGCUGCCCAAAGUAUAAGCGAUGGCGAUUUGGUGGAUCGAAUGAUUCAUGGAUCUCAGCAACAGUGGAGUCUCAUGCCCACUCAUGCCGUAUUUAGUGCCAUAAGACCAGCCAGCUUUGUUUCGGGCGUCAUGACAGGGCGGACUUCGUUUACACAAUGGCUCGGUAAUAAUAGUAAAUAUCAAAAGCUUGCUCGCUACGUCAAAGAAAUACAGGCACAUAUGCGUCUCCGUACGGCCGGAACCCGGCAUGAGAUUCGCCAGCAGUAUCUCCCAGUUCUCUGGGCUGAGACUGUCAAGCGGCUUGAGAAUGAGGGCAAAGAAUGCGUCGGCGAAGUGAUCGACUUGAUGGAUAGCUAUUUCCUCACCAGAGACGAUUUUGACUAUAUCACAGAACUCGGCAUUGGACCUCAAGAUUUCGAGAAAGUUCAUAUAGACACUCAAACUAAAUCUACCUUUACGCGAAUCUACAACCAGAGAAAACAUCCACUCCCCUUUAUGAAAGCUAGUAACGUCGCCAUGCCAACCAGGAUCACUAAAGAAGCACCGGAUCUAGAAGAAGCAUUCGAGGAAGAAGACGACGGAGCUUUCGUAGCAGACCCUGUCGAAGAGGAGGCUGGAGUGGACCUCAAGAAAGACAAGUAUAUUAAGCAGCCAAAAAAGCCAGCAGCGAAGAAGCCUACAAAAAAACGCAAUCGGGAGGCGGAGGAGUCUGAGGAAGAUAAUCAUGCCAAGAAAAAGACGAAAGCAAAACCAAAGGCCUCAACUCGCAAAAAGGCGAGCUAA